AUGCCGGCCAAGUCCAAGACCAAGAACAAGUCGAUAUGGCGUUCGGAGAAUGCACAGCACUUCCAGCUCGUGCAUCGCUCGCAGCGUGAUCCGCUCAUCAACGAUCCCGAUGCCGGUGCACACGUGCUGCUCUCCUACGACCCCGCCAACCAGUCGAGAGCCAAGGGCAAGACGCGCGCCGAGCUCGAGGCCGACGCCACGGUGAUCCGCGACAAGUACGGCAAGCCCAUCCGUGGCAACAUCGGCGAGGCAGCCAACUACGGCAUCUACUUUGACGACACCGAGUACGACUACAUGCAGCAUCUGCGUCCCAUCAAGGAUGACGAAAACGUCAAGCGCGGCGGCGAGAACGUCGACGAGACCGUCGACACCAUCCUCGUCUCUGCCAGCGCCAACAAGGGCAAGGGCAAGGAGAAGAAGGACGCCAGCUUUGCCUUGAAGGACGGGGCAGAGGAGGUGCAGGAUGGCAAGCUCAACCUGCCAGCGUCGGUGCUGCCAUCGCAGAAGGAGAUGCCGUUUAGCUUCACGUCGCAUCUGGCCGUCGAGCCUUCUCUGCAAGGGUUCCAGCCAGAGAUGGACCCACAUCUGCGGCAGGCACUAGAGGCGCUCGACGACGAAGCUUUCGUCGACGACGACUUGGACGACGACUUCUUUGGCGAGGUCGUCAAGGACGGCGAGUGGGACGGCGUGGUGCGUCAGGACGACGAGUGGAGGAACGAUGCUCCGGGCGGCGAUGAGGCCAUCUGGGCCGACCCGGCCGCGCGCGCAGAGAAGGAACGGGACGAGCUUGGCGAGGAGAAUAUGUCGCUCGAAGCGCGCGUGGCGCUAUUCAAGAAGCAGCAGGAGAUGCAGCGCAGGGCCGGACCCAGCUCGGACGACGGCGAAGACGACGACGAAGAGCGCGACCAGCUCGCCUCGCUCCGUGGCGGCUCGCGAGUUGCUGGCUCGCAAGCGGGCACCAUGUAUACUGCCGGCGGUACGGCCAUUGGCAAGAAGGGAAAGCCAGGCGCGCUCGCACGCCGAGCCGCAAGCACCAAAGCGCCGUCGAUCGGCGGAGGCAGCACGGCGUGGUCCAUGUCGUCUUCGGCCAUGUUCCGAAACAAGGGCCUCACUGAUCUCGACGACCGCUUCGCACAGCUCGGACGCAAGUACGGCAUUCGCGAGGACUUUGACCCGUCGCUUGAGGAGCUCGAGGACGAGGAGUUUGUCGACUCGGACGGCGACGAAGCGGGCGAGCCGGUCACGCGCGAGGACUUUGAAGGCAUCAUGGACGACUUCCUCGCGAGAUACGAGACCAAGCACGGCAAGCUGCGCGAAGCGCUCGGCGGCGUUGAUUCGACUUCUGCCGAGAAGCUCGCCAUUCUGCGACAGGCGCUCGGCCGUGCGCGCAUCGACGGCCGCGAAUGGGCAGGCAAGGGCGAGGACGAAGGCAAGGGCGAGGGCGAUCUGGGCGACUACGAGGACUACGAGUCGCCCGACGAGGAGAUCGUGGACCCUGUGCCGCGCAGCCACAUGCGCGAAAAGUGGGACGUGGAGACGAUCCAGAGUACCAAGACGAAUCUGGAGAACCACCCUCGGACGAUCACGGCCAAGGAGAGCGUCUUUGGCGGCAGCAAUGCGUCCGUCUUCCGUCCCGGCAGCGUGGUGGGUGGCAGCAACGGCGGCGUCAAUCGCGCCAUGCUGGGCAACGGCAUGGCGCCAAGCAUGACGAGCUACACCAGCCAGCGUCCGUCGGCGUCGGCGUUUCUCAACGACGAAGAACGCCUGCCCAAGAUCCGCAUCAACCCCCGCACGGGCUUCCCCGAGAUCGUCGGAUACUCGAAACCGCGCGGAGCUGCCAAGCAGAAGCAGAAUGCAGAAGGCAAGGACGCAGAGGAGGACGAGGAUGACGGCAGGGGUCCGCCGUCGGGAGCGAGCGAUUCCGGCUCGGAUACCGAGGAUGGCGACGGCGACGAGUACGAUUCCGACGCCACCGAGGGCGGCGAGUUGGCGCGCAGGCUGUCGACGAUCGCGGUGACCACCAAGCGAGAUCGCAACGAGAGCAAAGAGGACAGAAAGGCACGCAAGGACGCACUCAAGGCCAACAAGAAGGAGCGCAAGGAGCGCAAGAUGAAGACCAAGCAGGCGUUCGCCAGCGAGAAGAAGAAGCAGACCAAGGCGGAGCGCGGCCGCAAGGAGACCGAGGGUGGGCCAGCCGGUAUGCGUCUUCUCUAG